UUUUAUAAGAAAAAUAAAAAAUAAAGUUUCGUAACUGCCAAAGGCAAAAGCCAACUUGCUCCCUUCCCUCUCCCUCGCCCUCUCCCUCUCCCUCUCUAAAGAAGACGAAGCGGUCCCUUCACUCGUUCAGUUCCUGCAGGUGAACAUCAUGUUGCAUGGUUUGAUCCCAAGUUCAGUUGAGGCUGCUCUACCAUUUGCUCCUAAUUACAGCAGACAAGAUCUAUUCUCUGAGUGGGUGCCAGAAAAAGCCUGGAAGGAUGGUUCAAAUCCAUUGAUUGCCGGCAAUUGUUAUGAAAUUCCGGGAUCAUAUGUGGCAAGGAAGCGAAGGAAAAAGCCUGCUAUAAUGUCCUCGGUUGAGCCAGAAACUGAUAAAGCACCAACCAAUGCAGUGAACUGUGAUCCUCCAGUGGUAAAUAAUGAUGGUGUUAGAGCUCGUACUAUCCCAUCUGUUGUUGCUAAAUCAAAGUCAGGAAUGGGAGUUGGUUCCAUAACCGCAAGGAUUAACAUUAGCAACAUUGUAGAGCUCCCCGAUUCUGAGCCAGAGGUGUCAGGUGAUGAUCUCUCAAUAAGAGAACUCUGCACUUCAGUUCUCAGAAGUCAUGGGCUGCUCGCUGGAGAUUGUCCUGUGAGCAACAGUGCUCCCAUUGAAGUUCUGGGAAAUAUUAAGAACAACAAUUUUUUUCAGUCAUGUGAGCUAUGUGGGAAUCUUGAGAAAGCACUUAAUAUGUUACUUUGUGAUCAUUGUGAAGAGGCAUUUCAUCUAUCUUGCUGCAAUCUAAACAUGGAGAUGUUACCCACUGACUUGUGGUUUUGUCCAUCCUGUUCAAAACUGAAUCACAACGUUUCACAAGAGACUUCUUUUCUCAAAACAUGUAGCAUCAGUUGGUGGAAUGAAAAAUCUAAGCUGGGUCCUAUAGCUUCCAUGUUGAAAUACCCUGAGGCACACACAUCUCGUGUGAGGAUCGGUACAUCUUAUCAAGCAACAGUUCCUGAGUGGUCCGAUCAGCUUUCCAUGGAUUCUGAUUGCUUCAGUGAGCCUAUUGAAAUAGAUACAUCGCAGACUGUUUGCUUACACGAAUGCCCUCAAGACAGGUCUUCAAAUGCCAAGCCUAUGAGUAAUUGGCUCCAAUGCCGAGAAGUUCUACACGAUGAUGCAAGAGGUAUUGAGGGAACCAUAUGUGGGAAGUGGCGCAGGGCGCCAUUUUCUGAAGUCCAAACUGACUCCUGGGAUUGUUCUUGCUCUGUUCUUUGGGACCCGUCCCAUUCAGACUGCACUGCUCCUCAGGAGCUGGAAACCGAUGAAGUUUUGCGACAGCUGAAGUAUGUAGAACAGCUGAGACUUCGACUUGUUGCUAAAAAGAGAAGAAUUCCAUGAUUAGAAAAUUGUGGUGAUACCCCGUCCUGUGUAAGUGUUCACAUUCCCAUAGUUUAUUGAGACACGAUCAUCCAGACCUUCAGCAACGUGGCUUACAGAACCAAAGUUCCCUUUUGAUUUCUUCAUAGGAAUGUUAAAAACACACACAAAAAGAAUCAUUGUGCAGCCUCGAAAAGAAAGUCUCACUAAUCUGCAGCUUAUACCUCUGAUCUGUCAAGUGCAAUAAAUGUUGCAACUACAGACAUACAAUUCUUUUGAUUAUUUUCCAUAUACCGUCGCUCCCACACCUGCAUCGGACAGUCUGAAAUAUGAAACCCUCUUGAGUGAUCCCUCCCAGAAAAUGGUGCCAUCCCUCCUUUUACACAGGCUGCAGGCACUGUAGUCUUACCCAUAGUGGUAUAGUUCGUUUGAGUUUCAGUCACUAGCUCGUUCUAGAGUUACUGUUUGGAAAGAGAAGAACAAAAUAUUGUAAGAGUGAAAGUUGUCUUCAAUUAUUAUUUGUAAGGUUCCAUAUCGCAAAUUAACAUUAUCAAUCAACAUGGUUGUCUAAGAAUGUUAUGGCAUGCAUCACUUGCAAAUUAUCCCAGUGGUUAUCGAUAGUUUCCUUCAACGAA